AUGGAAAAUCCACCUGCUUCUGGAAUUCUGGCUCCAAUACAUGAUGAUUUAAUUACGGUUCUUAGCAUUGAUGGUGGGGGCAUUCGAGGAAUCAUUCCUGGUGUUAUUCUUGCCUACCUUGAGUCUCAACUUCAGGAGUUAGAUGGUGAGGAUGCAAGGCUUGUAGAUUACUUUGAUGUAAUUGCGGGGACAAGUACAGGGGGUCUCGUUGCUUCCAUGUUAGCAGCUCCCAGUCCAAAGGCCAAAAAUCGCCCUUUAUUUGCUGCUAAUGAAAUUGUGCCGUUUUACCUACAAAACUCUUCACAAAUAUUUCCCCAGUCAAGGGGAUUAUUAGCUCCUGUCAUAAACAUAGGGAAAGCUUUGAUAGGACCUAAGUAUGACGGGAAGUAUCUCCAUGAGGCGAUUAGAAAGAGGUUAGGGGACACCAUGUUACACCAAACCUUGACCAACGUUGUUAUUCCGACGUUUGACAUCAAGAAUCUUCAACCUACCAUCUUUUCCUCGUAUCAGAUAGCAAUGGAACCAGCUUUAGAUGUACCACUGUCAGAUAUUUGCAUAGCCACUUCGGCUGCUCCAACUUAUCUUCCGGGUCAUUAUUUUACAAAACAAGACGAACAAGGGAAAGUGAUAAAAGAAUUCAACCUUGUUGAUGGUGGCGUGGCUGCUAAUAAUCCGACUUUGGUUGCAAUAAGAGAAGUGACCAAGCAACUCAUAAGGAACCCAAAUAGGAGCAGUGUUAGCCCUCUGGACUAUGAUCGUUUUCUGGUUCUCUCUUUAGGUACAGGAACAAACAGAAGCGAACACAAAUACGACGCUAAGAUGGUGUCCAAAUGGGGAAUUUUCAGUUGGCUAUACAACUCUGGAUCAACUCCUAUUAUAGAUUGUUUCAGUGAAGCAAGCACUGAUAUGGUUGACUACCACAACUGUGUGGUUUUUAGUGCGCUUCAGUCUGAAGAUAACUAUUUUCGAAUUCAAGAUGAUACAUUAAAGGGAGAUUUAGCAUCUGUGGAUGUAGCUACUAAAGAGAAUUUGGAUAAUCUGGUAAAAGUGGGCGAGCAAUUACUGAAGAAAACAGUUACACGAGUGAAUUUAGACACAGGUCUAUAUGAACCAGUUCCGGAUAGAGGCACCAAUGAGGAAGAACUAAAAAGGUUUGCAAAAUCACUCUCAGACGUAAGAAAGCUGAGAAAAUCAAAUUCACAAGAUGGGAAAUAA